AAAACUGAUGUAAUAUCUGAUGGUGGCUAUGAAAUAUGAAGCGCAUUUAAUAUCACGAUAGUGAUAAAGCUAGAGACAAACACCUUUCUGAUUCGCAAUUCUCGAUGAAAUAAAAUGAGAGAAAAAGAGAAGAUGAAGUUAAAUAAAGAAUCGAUGAGAAGAAAAUGGUGCCUUGUUCGAGCGCUAUCAAAUUUAAAUUAUACGUCGAUUGACGUGUUUGUGUCACACACUCACUCAUGUCAAUCGUCUCAUGCUGUGUGAUUUGAGUAUGAGCAACAACGAAUGAACAGAAAAACAUGAAUAAGUGAAUUAAUCAAUGAACUUGUUACAUAUCGAUGAAGCAUGGAGUUCCGUCUUUCCAAGUUAUGUGCAAACGGAUAAUUGAUUGGAAGUCCUGUAACGCAAGAUGUUGACAGGAAAAUCCAUUAAUUCACAUAGCAAAUAACACCAAACACAAAAUCUGCAUUUAAAAUUAAUCUUUUUUCUCUUUCUUAUUCAAAUUAAUUUCAAAACUCGUUUUUACCUCAAAAUCAAUAUUAUUAACUUGGAAUUGAUGUAUUGAAAUACGAAAAUAUUAUUGAUAAAAAUUUUAUAUAAUGUAAUAUAAUGUAUAUAUUUCUAUAUAAUUAAAAAUCUAUAUAUAUCGAAUUUAUUUCAUCAAAUAAUAUGGAUAAUAUAUAUACAUUAUAUACAAGAAUUAUAUAUAUGUAUAUAUACAAGUAUUCAACGAACAUUAUCGCUAUUAUUAAAAAUAAACUAAUGUUUAUAGAUUAUAAUUAUAUCGAAUAAUUAUAUCGAUAUAUAUCGUAUAUUCAUCGAUAAGUAAAUAUUUUCCUCUUUUUUUUUAUAAAAAACAGAGACACAGAUGGUCAUAAAACCGAUUAAUCAUCUCUAAUGUGUUUCCUGGUUUGAAAAUAUAUUUUCGACAUUUUUAUCAAGGUUUAUUUUAUCAGACGGCCUUUGAUGUAUAAAAAUGAUUCAUUAUUAAAAGAUUUGAUAAGAUAUCAAUCUUAUACAACUUUUGUCAGUCGAAGAACAUUCAUCCUUGGUGUUUUAAUCGAUCGUACAUAUCAACUUUUCUGCUGAUCCUUGCAUAAACAUUGUUAAAUGCUUCGAUGUAUUUAUAAAGUAUGUUUUAUCGUUGCAACGUGACUAAGAACAGAAAUGCAUAAUGCGGAAAUUCUGUAAUAGCAUAUAUCGAGCAAUAAUUAAUUUAUAGAAAAAAAAUGUAUCAUAUCAUAUUAAUUCCUUUAGUACAUAUUUUUGUUUUUUCAAUAAAUCUGAUCAAUGAUAUAAGAUAUAUCUGCGAACGACCUUUAAACUUGAGUCAGAGUUCGUUGGCCGGAACCCAGAGACAUAAAGAGAUAUUUGCAAAGGGAUAUAAGUACAAGAAGCUCGUAAAAUUGAACAAAGCCGAAGGAGUGACAUAAAUACAACACGUGUACGAGAAAAUUUCAGAUUCAAGUUUACGAAUACUACUUUCGGAUUCAAAUUUAUUGUUCUCUGAAGUUAAACGAAUUAGAGAAUUUUGAGUAUUAUUUUUUAAAAAAGAUAUGAAUAAAUUGAUAAAAAUUAGACACCUUAUACAUCGUCGAUAGCUUCUGUUUAUACACGAAUAAAGGUGGUGAGCCUUGCACGUGAGAAAGUCAAAUCGAGGACGAAGACGAUUGAAAUGAGGAAAAGUAACGGAGCGAAUAACGGGUUGAUUUUAACGCAUCUUGCCGUUACGAACGCGUUUAUAAGUCUAGUUGUUAGGUCAUAGUAGAUCAUGUAACUUUACGAUCGAAUGCAUGUUAAUAAUAUGCUAUAAUUAUAUGUUAAUAAUAUAUUUACAUAUCUUAAUGUUUAUAUUUAUUUUCGUUUUAUAAGAGAAUGCAUAGUUUUAUAAAUGAAAAUAUUAAUCUAUUUAAUAUUAUUUUAAUUUUUAUUCAACAAAAUUUAGAAAUCUUAUUUAAUAAUAAUUAUCGAUAACAGUAACAUAUUUAAGAAUCCUUAUAUUAAACGUUAUAUAUUUAUGCCAGAAAAAUGAAAUAAUCAUCAAUUCAAGUUUACGAAAACGCUGUCAUUUCAAGAAAUUUAUGAUGCUAAUAUUUAUGUGAAUAAAUUGAUGCAAUAGGAUUUUCAGAAUUUUAUUAGCCAUCAUUUAUUUAUUUCCUUCGAAACAAAAUUUAGAAAAUAAUUUAUUGAACAUAAUUGAACAGUUAUUCGUAUGAUGAAAAAAUAAAUGCAGCAAUAAUUAAAGCUAUUAAUUAUAUAUUAUUAGAAUUUGAGAAAAAUAAUAAAAAGUUUGAAAAUUAGAAAUAAAAAAUUUGAAUGUUAUAAAUAUUAAAUAUUAAUAUUUUAUGUAUACAUAUAUAUAGAUAAGCCAUUUUGCGAUAGAUCAUAUCGAUUGCUCGAAUAUUAUCGAGGAGUGUAGUUACUUACCCGCCAAACUUCGGAACGUUCGUUUGCGCAAGUGCAAUUCGCGGUGGGAGAUCUUGUAUCAUAUGGGGGGGGUUUAUAGUAGUGGGGAAUCUUCGAAAGAGCGGAUUAAACGCGAAGCAGCUAGACUAUCACCGCGUAUAUACCGGUAUUAUUGGCAUGUUCCGACAAAUACGCGUUUUGAGCUCAUAUGAGCAUUAUGUACUGAUUAAACGUUUUAUUUGCGAUGAUUUGCAAGUGUACCGCCAGAGCACGCGAUUAACUAAAUGGCUUACAUAACUUGCGCGGUAACAUUAAUUAUUUCGAAUAAACCGCAUACAUUUUAUUUUUCAUAUCGUGAGUAUUAUUUCAAUAAAUCCGAAUUGGUGACAAUCUUUAAUAACCGCGUAAAUACGAUCAGUGAAAGUCACCCUUAUUGGAGUUUGGCACUCUUUCGUUUCUUCUCAUGAAUACGAAAUAGAGUUGCCGGUUCUUGGCACUUAUGUCUUUUGUUAAAAUCAACGAUAAAAACCAUGUGCAGUGCUGAAUAAUAAUAAACAUCAAAGUUAUUUCUAAAAGUAAUUCAACAAGAACGAAUUUUAAAUAAUUAAAUGUGUUGCAUAUGAAUUUAAACGUGGCGGUGACCUAGAAACAAUUCAAAGUAGUAACUUUAUCAUCAGAGUAGACAAAUCUCGCAACGGUGCCAAGAAAAAACCAAGUGGGGGAUUAAGAAAUGCGAUCAGUUCGUUCAGAUUGUUGUGUGACAAUGAGUUACGUUUGGACUAUGAUUAUGAAAUUCGCGCCACGAAACAAAAUUUUUUUUUGAAUUAUCAUGAAUAUAUUUAUUUUAUAUUUCAAUAAAUUAUAUUCAUCUAUAAAAUUUCUAAAGUUUCAAUUAAAAUGAAAAAAAAAAUUGAGAAAAGAAUUUGAUAAUAUAACAAAAAUACGAAAAAUAACAAAGAGAAAAUCACACGCGGUAACGAUUGUUAUCGGCAAUAAUAGACAAAAGUUGUUAUUGAAUUAUCUGGUGAAAUUUCAUUUCUGCGAUUGUUCUAGUUCGUGCUCGAAGACGUGCCAAUGGUUAAGCAUUCCAUCUAUAAAACACGUAGUUCACGUUUGCUGUGGAGUUGACGCACUGCCCGCGAUCGUUGCAUGAUAUCUCAUGUUUUUUGGAACACGCGGUCGUGUGUGUGUUCCAGUCUCGCGUCUCGUGCACGAAUUUUACGGUGACCUUUAACGGACAUAUAUUGAAUCAAGCGUGUGCCGAAAGUGCGGUGAAGUAAAAACGAAGUGUUGUGGCUUAUCACACGUGAAGAUGGAGGAUACAGAAGCCAAAAUCAUACCGGGAAUCAGCAUGUCCGUACUCAUACUCAUGAGCACGCUGUUUCUUGGCGGUGUGGUCCUUGUAAUCGGUUACAUUGUUAGCCGGUUGUCACAGUCCAAUAAAUCUUCAGAUUCAACGAAAAAUGUUAUAGAAUCGGAUAAAGUGAAGUUCGAAGAAUCAAGAGAUUCGACGAGCGGAUCGAUUGGGGCGGCUGGUGGUAGCAACAAACGUGCUAAAAACAAGAAGAGGCGCGAAACGCAACAAGAGUUCACGCACUCUUGGGUGGUUGGUGCACUGAAAGGACACACGGGGCCUGUUCUCGACAUGAAUUUUUCCAGUAAUGGAAAAUUUAUUGCAACUUGUGCUGAAGAUUGCGGGCUGCGGCCGGAAGAGGAGAUCCUGGAUCCUGGAGAUACGGGGUGCUAUAAGAAUCGCGUCGAGAUGUCAACGUCGACGAAGACGGGAAGGAGCAGGAAUAAGAUAACGCAACAGUCGGCAGCUCCGUCCAGCAUGACGUCACCGACGUCCACCUCGACCAUAUUACCGCCCCCCUCCGCGAAAGAGGAUCGCACGAUCCUGAGCAGGAGGCAAAGAAAAAACCGUACCAGGAACCCCAGAGACCAGCGCCGCGAGGAGCAAAGAAUGCAGGAGCAACACGCCGGCAACGGCGUGGUGGCCAGCCAGGUGACGUUCGACUACGAGAGAAACCCGAAUUUGAUUCCGCACGACGCGCGCUACCAGGCCAACAACUACAUCAUGGGCUACGGCGCGAUGAUGAUAAACUACGGCGUCAGUUACAUCAGUCCGAGGAGGAGUUGCGACUUUUUGAGCAACGAGAGAAGGCAACUGUGCCAGUUCACUGACGCCACACUGUCAUCGAUAUUGCGCAGCUACACGCUCACCGGGGAGACCCUCGCUCAGUUCGGCUAUCCCGUCGAGUGCACCUUUUAUCCGGGAUACGUGGUGUUCAUCAACAACCCGCACCCGAUAAACCACCGCAUACUGAGGUACCACCACUUGGACGCGAACGCCCAGGAAUUCGUGCCGAGCUCCCACCAGCAGUGGACCGUGCCCGAAAGCGAGGCCGACAGCGGCAACUCGAGCGGAAGUUCGGUGGACAACUCGGACUUCGAGCAAGAGGUCACCUCGUCCGACUGUUCGGACGUCGGAGAAUACUCGUCCUCCUCCGUCGAGUCGAAUUCCGUCGACUACAAUUACCAGAGGAUAACCAGGAGGUGCUCGAACGUUGAAUACUACUCGACGCCGGAGCUGAUGGCGAUCGAGCGGAAGUGCGCGAGGUGUCAUAAGAAUUUCUACGUGAAUCGAGAAAAUGGCGAGUACCUCAACGAGGAAACCUGCGUUCACCACUGGGGCAAGCUGCGGAACGGCUUGGACGGUGCUCAAGUCGAGUUGUGGGAGUGUUGCCGCAGCCCUGUCAUGUCCCGGGGCUGUACCACCUCGGUUUAUCACGUGUGGACGGGGGCGGCCCCGGGAUACAACGGCCCAUUCGACGAUUACGUGCGCACGAAACUGGCGCAAAUGGUGCCGCAAGAUGGUAAUUACGGUGUGUACGGUCUUGAUUGCGAGAUGUGCUUCACUCGACGCGGCCUCGAGUUGGUUAAAGUCACCGUGGUCGAUAUGGACGGAAGAGUCGUGUACGAUACUCUGGUGAAGCCCGACGCGGAAAUAAUCGAUUACAACACGAGGUUCAGCGGUAUCUCGGCCCACGACCUCGAAAAUGUUACGAAACGGUUGAGUGACGUUCAACAAGAUCUUCUGAGUUUUAUAUUUGCCGAGACGAUAUUGAUCGGCCACGGGAUGGAAAACGAUUUGCGCGCUCUCAAGAUGAUGCAUACGACUGUGAUCGACACGUGCGUCACAUUCCCACACUUUCUCGGCUACCCGUUUCGAUCGAGCUUGAAAACACUGGCGAGGACGGUCUUGCGAAGGGACAUACAAAUGUCGGAACACGACUCCGUCGAGGAUUCCAGGAUAGCUGUUGACCUUAUGCUGAGAAGGGUGAAACACGACUAUAAUAUAGGUAGUUAAUGUACAAGAAAAAAAAGGAAAGAAAGGCUGCCGAGAAAAAAGAAGAUAUAUGGUAAUAGAACGUAGAUAUAUAUAGUUAUAUUACUUGUAUAUAUGUGGUAUAUACAUACGUAUGUAUAUUAUAUAUGUAUGUAUGCGCAUAUAUACACACGCAACACACACACACACAUUAUAUACAGUGAACGAGUCGUCGAAUUUCGUUUCCGCAACACGAAGCUGCGCAUGCUCGAGACUUGCGAUUCGAAAUUCGCGCGUCUGCGCGAUCGCGCGACCGAGUCGCGUAAAAGAUUCCGAGUCGUGAGAGGUUAGGGCGUAUCGAUGAUUCGCAAUUUUUCCUUUUUGGCUGCUACGACUAACGAGAAAUCUGACACGAGGAAUCUAUUCCCGCGAUUUGGUCGCGUCGAUCUGCGAUAACUUCCGUCAGUGUUCAUUUCAAGUAAAGUCUGUGAUAACGUUACAUAUAGAAAGAAAAAUAUAGAAGUGUUGGUCCCCCGCCUCUCCUCCCUCCGUUGCGGUUAUAUCCGAUAUAUGCUCGUCACACAGGGGGGCGGCACUUUUUUUUUCAUUUGCACAAAUUGAUUCAAACAUAUCCACAUAAUUCAUACAUUCGGUAUCACGAGUGAAAAGCAAUAGUUCAAAAAAAUGAUAUUAGUCCAAGUUUUGUGCUGCACAUCAUUGCCGAGGAAAAAAAGAUUUAGCUCAAUUAUUCUUCUUCGAUUACUGUGAUAUUCUUCUUUUUUCUGUGAUCAUAUAUAAAUGAAUCUCCGUGAUGAUUCUGAUCGAAGAUUUUUUUUUCUUUUUUCUUUUUCUUUUUUUUUUUUUUUUUCUUUUAAUAAAUUUCUACUUCAUUGACACAUGCCUGAUUUGAAAAUCUAGACGAGAGUAACGGUUGAGGUGAACAAAGCGUCGAGAAAUCGAUACAAUUUACUUUUGUUCAUUAGAUUUUGCAUUCACUUUCGUGGAAUUGCCCCGCGAAAAUGAACACGAAAAUUUAGAAUAAAAAAAAAAAACACGCUUAUAUGACGUAAAAAUCAUAUAAUGGAAAAAAUUGAAAAAAAUUUUUUAAUAGAAAAAGAAAAAUAGGAAAAAAAAAAUUCGAAUUUUUUUGUAUAUAUAUGUAUAUAUAUACAUAUAUACACACACACACGCACACACAUAUAUAUAUAUAUGUAUAUAUAUAUAUAGUAACGAUGUUUCACGUUACGACUCUGUAAAAAAAUGUAGACUACUUGAUUACUUACGUUACCUAUUGUAUUAUAUUUUUUCAAUUAGCGCGAGAAAUGAUAAAUUCACACAGGGAGUGUACACGCAACUUGUACGUGACUUGAGAGGGAAAAGAAAAAGAUUUCUUUUUCGUUUAUAAUAAAAUCUCCGAUAACGGAAAAAAAAUGAAAUCGUGACCAAUCUGAUUUAUUAAUAUUUUGGUCUGCCAAAAUAACGUUUCCAUGCACGAGACAUUUUCCUCGGCAAGUGAUGUACGAUAUAUAAAUAUAGGCGCGCACCGUCUCUCGCUAUGUAAUAUAUAUACAUCGAGUCUCUCAUAUCUCUCACGGAUCAUGUAAAAAUAUAUUUGUAUUUUCUACGCAUGUAUAUAUACGUGUACGCGCGUCCAAAAUAUAUAUGUGUACGUAUAUAUACAUACGUACAUUCAUAUAUCGUAUUGUAAUACCAUCAUUGCGAUUUCUUCUUGUCAUGCAUAUUUCAUCCCGCGUGGUUUUUUUUUUUUUUGUACGGCGAGAGGAGGACACGCGGCGUCAUUGAUGCUGGUAAGUGUCUCUCGGGCUUCCACAAUGGUUUGCAUUUAAAUUCUUCUCAAAAAAAAAAAAAAAGAAAUACCACUAAACGAGGACACACACGCGAGAAGAUGUUACCCGAAAUCAUCUUUCCUCAUAUUUUUUUCUUUUUUUUUUUUUUUUUCUUUUUUCUAUAAAUCCGACAAUACGAAAUAGAAUUUUUACGUAAAGAAAGCCCGUGUCCUCUUUUCGCGUUUCUUAAACAAAAAAAUGAUGUACCUUAUCGUUGCGUGCGUACGUGCUCAAACUCCGCCCACGAUCGAUAACAAAUUUCGCCCGAUCGAGAAAAAAAGGGGAAAAAAGUAGAACGAACGUGAGCCGAAGCAAGCGAUAUUUCUUUUUUUUUUUUUUUUUUUUACGAUUGACCACGAUGUCAUCCAUGAUUAUCUCGCGUUCAUGUAUCGUGAUAUUUUUUUUAAUGUACAUAUGAUACGUGAUGUCUCGUGUAAACGACUGAAAUCGAUUCAGAUUCCUCCCCAUUGAAUCGGCGGGGGAUCCUGAGAUCGGGCUGAGAGCAGCGUUCGAAUUUCUCGCCUCACGCUACGAAUUAAAGACGUUAGAUAAAUGUCUCGCGGUUUUAUACUUUAUUAUCGAUGUUAUAUUAUUGACGCCCCGUGUUCAUCUAUCGGAUGUAUUAAAUAGAUGAUUAUGAUGAUGAUGAUGAUGAUGAUGUAAUAAUAAUGUAUAUAGCGAUGUUCUCGAAAUGCGCAUGAUUAUUAUGUAUGCAUAAGUAUUGAGCAAUUUUUUUUUGUAUCUCACUCCUUGAGAGCCAGGAAAAUUAUAUACAACUAGUUUUCACGGUGAGGGACGAUCAUUCUUGGAAACUGUUGCUUCGCAUUGAAAAUUAUUUUAUUUAAUUUUAAAUAAUCCGUCACCUUAUCUGUUCAUCCUAUUCUUUAUUUCUCUUUUUUUUUUAUAUUAUUUUAUUUUAUUUUAUUUUAUUUUCUGCCUCCUUUUUUUUUAUUUUUUAAUUUAUAAACCGAGACUCGCAUCAUCAUAAAUACAUUCUCAUAUUUGCAUAUUUGAUAUACGCGUAUAUUUUUUAUUUUUUAUUUUUUUUUCGUUCCGAUAUAUUUAAAAAUAUCCUUUUUUGAGAAAAUUUUUUUCUUUACGAAUUCGUCGAUAGAUAUAUUUCGAGGCAAUGUUUCAUUAAAUUGUUUCAUUAAAUCACGAUAAAUCAUUUUUAGAGAGAAAAAAUCUGCCGAUAUAAUACGAGGAGCAAUAUUGUUCAUCGCUUUGUAAAUAGCUUAAUAUUUAUUCGAGCGCAUCACCAGACAAAGUACCUGUGCAUCCUUCGAUGAAGAAUCAUCCUCCGAAGAAUCAUCAUGGCCGCCAUUUCGAAGAAAGAAUCUUAAAUCGCCAGAGGAUUCGUUCACGAUCGAUCUAGUUGUUAUACUUUUUCUUAUCUUUCUUUGUACAAAAAAAAAAAAAAAGAAGAGCGGACACUUCGAGCGAUUUACUUUUUAAUUUGUAACCAUUUUUAUAACAUUAAAGUAUUGAAAAAAAAAACAAAAAAAAAGAAAAAAUUCUUGAGAUUAAAGGAAAUAUGAUGAGAAAAAAUGAAGAAAA